UCCGCUUCCUAAGCGCUCUGUCCCUGUGCUUCAGCUCCAAAACCGCUAUGGUGACGUGUUCAGCCUGCAGAUGGCCUGGACGCCCUUGGUUGUGGUCAAUGGACUGAAGGCCGUGUGGGAAGUGCUGGUGACCUGUGGAGAGGACACUGCUGACCGCCCUCCAGCGCCCAUCUUUGAGUACCUGGGUUGGAGGCACAAAUCCCUAGGUGUGAUUUUUGCACCUUACGGGCCCGAGUGGCAAGAGCAGCGGAGAUUCUCUGUGUCCACCCUGCGCAACUUCGGCCUGGGCAGGAAAUCGCUGGAGCAGUGGGUGACGGAGGAGGCUGGUCACCUGUGUGACGCCUUCAGCGACCAGGCUGGGAGCCCCUUCAAUCCAAAAACCCUCCUGAACAAAUCGGUGUGCAAUGUGAUCGCAUCUCUCAUUUUUGCCCGCCGCUUCGAAUAUGGAGACCCUUUUCUCACCAGGAUGCUGAAAUUAUUGGAGGAAUGCCUGAGAGAGGUCUCUGGCUUCAUUCCUGAGAGCCUCAAGGCUGUGACUAGGAGGAGGCAGGUGAUGGCCCAGGUCCAUUGUGAAGGAGGCAGCGGAGACUGGUCCACGUGGACACUGAGCAUAGCUAGCCCCGAGGGCCAGCCAAAUGCUGAACGGGCUCUUAAUGCGUUCCCGAUGCUCCUGCGUGUCCCAGGGCUGGCUGACAAGGCCUUACAAGGUCAGAAGACCUUCAUGUCCAUGGUGGAUAAACUGUUGACUGAGAACAGAAUCACCUGGGACCCUGCCCAGCCACCCCGGAACCUGACUGAUGCCUUCCUGGCUGAGGUGGAGAAGGCCAAGGGGAAUCCUGAGAGCAGCUUCAAUGAUGAGAACCUGCGCAGGGUGGUGGCUGACCUGUUCAUGGCGGGGAUGGUGACCACGUCAACCACACUGUCCUGGGCCCUGCUGCUCAUGAUCCUGCACCCGGAUGUGCAGCGUCGAGUGCAACAGGAGAUCGAUGAAGUCAUCGGGCAGGUGCGGCGUCCAGAGAUGGCUGACCAGGCCCGCAUGCCCUACACCAAUGCUGUGGUCCAUGAGGUGCAGCGCUUUGCGGACAUCUCCCCAGUGCAUUUGCCACGCCUGGCCUCUCGUGACAUCGAAGUGCAGGGCUUCCGCAUCCCCAAGGGGACGAUGGUCAUGCUCAACCUGUCCUCUGUGCUGAAGGACGAGACUGUCUGGGAGAAGCCCCUCCAGUUCCAUCCUGAGCACUUCCUGGAUGCCCAGGGCCACUUUGUGAAGCAUGAGGCCUUC